AUGAGUGAUAUAAUUGUAUCAGAAUUUACGAACACCCACAACGCCAUCGAUGCGAAAAUUAUGGGUUUCUUAAAUCCAAUUAUGCACCAUCAUGAUUUAUUACAAAGUUACGUGCGAGCGCUCGCGGAAAACAUUUCAAAUUCAAAACAGUUUGAGGAAUCGGAUUCAAAUUUCAGUAAAAUUUCAUCUUCUUUAGAACUUUAUCCCAAUAUUGAGUCUACCGAUGAUAAACAGAACUAUAUUAAUAAUGACAAGAAAAAGAAGAAAAAGGAUAAGAAACAACAAAAAGGAAAUAAGUCUAAUAAAUUAUCAAUCGAAUCAGAAAUGAAUAUUCAAAAAAGAAAGAAAUGA